GGGGCGAAGUUAGGGCUCUGGGGAGCAGGUGGCUUGGGGAUGGGGAGCAGAGGUGAACGUCUUCCCCUGGCUCUAGGUGGCCUGAGUCCUGUCCACGGGCAGCCAGUGUCCACCCAGAUGUGAGAGGAGACAGGCCGGGAGAGAGAGGAGAAAAGGCCCUUCAGAGAGAAAGCCGGGGUGCGGGCUGAGACGCCUGGGAUGGGAUGCAGGAAGGGAGGGCGUCACGGGGCAGCCAGGCUGCAGGUGGCCUGGUCAAGGUCGGGGCUGGGUCUGUCCAUCUGUGCCCAUCUGCCUCUCAUCACCAAGAGAGCCAACCCUUGUCUGUCCCUCGUGCAAAUAGUUAGCUGAGGGAGUCACUGUUGCCUGCCUGGCUCUUUGACUUGGGUCCUCUUGUGUCCAGUCACCCAGGACCCCCUCCAGGGCACCCCGACGCUGGAGAGAGGAGCUAGAAAGAGAAACAGGGGAGCAGAGGGGAGGGGCACGGAGGCAGAGGCGGAGUGGGAGAGGAGGUGAGAGAGGAGGAGGGCAGGUGGCGGCAGGGUGGGGCUCCCUCUAUAAAGGGAGAGCCUGCCGGACUGGAAGCCAGACACCUUGGGGACACCCCAGCAGGACCGGCUCCCUGGACCCCGUAGGUUCUGGUGCCCAAGGAGGACCAGCCGGCGCUAUGAACCCGUGGCUCUUGGCCUGCCUGGUGGCCUGCUCCGUGGGCGCCUGGGCCCCCGCUGUCCACGCUCAAGGUGUCUUUGAGGACUGCUGCCUGGCCUAUCACCGCCACGCCAGGCUGGCCAUGCUCCGGCACGCCCAGGGUUACCUGCGCCAGGAGGUGACGGGGAGCUGCAACCUGCCUGCCGUGAUAUUCUUCUUCCGUCAGAAGCAGAGGAUGGUGUGUGGGGACCCACGGGCCAGGUGGGUGCAGAAGGGGAUGAAGAUCCUGGAUGCCCGGAACAAGGCCCCCUCAAAGCCCCACGCAGGUGCCCAGAGAACCUUCCAAGGCUCUCACUCUGGGGUGAAGAAGUUGAACUCUGGACCCUCCAGGCUACCACUGUUCAUGUUUAGGGGUCCCACCAGAAGCAGCAAGAAGAACACCUCCUUUCCGAGAACAGCUAAACCAGUCCCACCUGCAGGACAGUGAACCACACCUCUCCAGGACCAGCCGGCCCAAGCUGGACUGCAUCUUCCUCUGCCACGCCCAUUGCCCUGCGGCCCUGGCUGCCCCAGCUUCUCUGCCCUUCAGGUCAAACCCUAAUCCCCAUGCCUGAGCCGCUGCUGUUUCCGUCCCUGUCACCCCUGCCAACCCCAGCUCCCCAGGCAGCUGGAAGGAGGGGACUCCGGGAACCAGAGCGAGCCCUGGGCAACGGGCCUGGUACAGAAC